AUGGCAUCAAGCUCUUGCGGUAACCACACUAGGUACCAUGGAAUCCGGUGCCGGGGCGGAAAAUGGGUGUCCGAAAUCCGUGAGCCACGUAAGACUAGGCGGAUAUGGCUCGGGACCUACCCAACCCCGGAGAUGGCAGCGUCUGCCUAUGACGUGGCCGCGCUAGCUCUCAAGGGCGGUGAUGCUGUUCUAAACUUUCCGAGCUCCAUUGCCUUGUAUCCAGUGCCAGCAUCCAGGUCACCGGAGGACAUUCGCAGUGCCGCCGUAGCUGCUGCCGCUGCUGCAGCUGCUGUUUCUGCUGCACUACAGUCGAAUGAGGAGGCCAAUAACAGCCUGGAGCUCAAGGAGAGUCCGAAGAAGCAAGAGGACGACAUGAAGACGAUGAUGAAUAGUACUAGUUUGGCGUCGUCUGUGGGAAUGUACGAAGAAGAGCUUUUCGGGAUGCCAAAUUUGCUGGCCGAGAUGGCAGAGGGAAUGCUGUUGUCUCCGCCAAGACCGCCUGAUUAUCCCGAAUCGGGCAAUUCAGACGGAGGAGAAAGUGAUUUUUUCUGGGCAUACAUAUGGUUGCGAUCAAACCAAUGGAGUGUGCCUUUACAGAGAGACAGAGGAUGCAAGUUUGCCCCUCCUUCAACCACACCCUUUUACACCAAGCCAUCCCACAUUCUCCUCUCCCUCUCUUCAUCACCGGAGCUUGUUCAAUUACUAAAACACCCUCCACUCCCCACCACCAUGGCAUCAAGCUCUUGCGGGAAGCACUCUAGGUACCAUGGAAUCCGGUGCCGAGGCGGAAAAUGGGUGUCCGAAAUCCGUGAGCCACGUAAGACUAGGCGGAUAUGGCUCGGGACUUACCCAACCCCAGAGAUGGCUGCGGCCGCCUAUGACGUCGCCUCUCUCGCUCUCAAGCGGGGCGAUGCUGUUCUCAACUUUCCGAGCUCCAUUGCCUCUUAUCCAGUGCCAGCAUCCACGUCACCGGAGGACAUUCGCAGUGCCGCCGCCGCCGCCGCUGCACUACAGUGGAAUGAAGAGGCCAAUAACAGUCUGAAGCACAGAGAGAGGCAGAAGAAGCAAGAGGACGACAUGAGGACGAUGAUGAAUAGUUCCAGUUUAGCGUCAUCUGUGGGAAUAGACGAAGAAGAGCUUUUUGGGAUGCCGAAUUUGUUGGUCGAAAUGGCAGAAGGAAUGCUGUUGUCUCCGCCGAGACCGCCUGAUUAUCCUGACUCCUCGGGCAAUUCAGACGGAGGAGAAAGUGGUCUGUGGAGCUUUUGA